AGGAACUAAAGAUGACAAGAAGGAAAAUCAGCUGGGUAAUCAAAAAAUGCAAGCGGUUCUAUGGCAACAAAAUUUGAAUAGACGACGCUAGCGCAAGCGUACUGUUGCUGUAAACACUCUGGAAUUUCAAAAUGGCGCCUGGCAAGAAACAAAAAAAGCGAUCAAAAGAUAGCCCAUCUGGUUUGGUAAACAAGAUACUCUUUAGUUUAUUUUUAGAGUAGAAGUGAUAAUAGAUGGUCAAAUAUUAAAUGUUAUACUUUCAGCGCCGUAUCGCGUCGCAGCUUAUUCCAAGUGCCAUUUUUGCUGCUGUACCAAGAACUCCGACAAAUUUAGCUCAAACAUGGCCAAGACGCACACCAUCGCCGAUCGCUCAUGCUAUAAGUGAAGCAGGUAAUGUCGGAAGGGUGGUUCUGGGGGAUUUUUCGAAGGAAGCAACGGCUAAACGUCCACGGGCUGAACUGCCGUCAAAUCAAAGUGACGAGAAUUCAGAAACUGCUGAUGGUGAACGAGUUUACGAAAGUGCGUAUGAAUGUGUCCGAGAUGGAGAAUCUUUUGACAAGACUACAAAGUACUUCAGAAUGUCCAGAAGAGAGAGUUCCUCUGGUGCAGCCAAAGAGGAUCUGAACGUGGAAGGGGCAACGGGGAAUGGAAGCUCAGUGCGGCAACCCUUUUAUCAUAUUUUGGACCACGAGAAGGGUGAAGUUGUCGAGCCAGUAUAUUCUCGAGUGGAUAAGAAAAAGAAAAGUGGAUCGAAACAAGCUGACGAAAAAGAAAAGGAAGAGGUAUUACCUGUAAAGCAUGCUUAUAUCCUUACGUUGAUCAACCUUUAAUUAGCUACAUGUACCUUCGUGUGACGUCAUAUCUGAAAAUAGUUGUUCCCACAAGCUGUCUCUACAUUUUAGCUAAUUCAUAAAAUGCUCAGUACAUGUAGCACUAGUUUGCCUUCUAUUCCUACUAAUUUAGGUGUGACACCUUUCACCUCUGGCCCUGCACUAAUUUUUAUACCUGUAGAAGUGUUUUCAAGGUUUUGUUCAUGCAAUCGUGACGACCAUUUUGCUCAUUAUAGUUUUUGUAAGUUGACACCUCUUAACAACCUGCCAGAAGUUUGAGCAACAAAGUUUCCUUAUUUUUGAAAUCUGGCUCUCUCUCUCUCUCCAAAAAAAAUAUACUUGACAAAACCUGAGGGCUUUCACAAAGUGCGUGCUUUUUACUUAGUACAGACUGUAUAUUAUGGUAAAUAGAUGUCAACAUUAAAUCUAAAUGACACUGGUAGGCCCAGCUGCAUAAAUCUUAAUGUUAGACCCUGAUUAGUGAAGUGUACCACUAAUUUGUGGUGUGCUAGACCUUCCGACCUGUUAAUAAAGUUGUGGAGUGAUUUGAUUGUUUGAUUUUAUGUAACUACUAAUGUCUGACAUUCAGUCCAGUCAUCUUAAUGCUACAUAUAUGAUAGCCAUUAUGUUUUUGCAACUGCUCAUGUGUUGUACACUAUACAUGGUAUCUGACUCUUCCCCCAAAGUCAUCUCUCAGUCUCCUAUAAAUAUUCCAUGACUUCUUAUAAAAAUAAAUAUCAAGAGAUGACUGGGGACGAGUCAGACAUGGCAUAUAGAACACUGCGUUAUUGAUUAAGAUCAUUUUCAUUUAUAUGCAACAGAGAGAGUCACUGAGUGAGUACAGCAGUAGUGAUGAACUGACAGAUGUCACUAGUCAAGAUGAAGAGAGCGUGACAAGUGGACCAGGGACAAGAAGCCGUAGCAGGAAAGGAAGCAAAAAAGUAAAGCAUGAUGAAAAGGAUGCAGUUGAUGGGAUGAAAACAUCUACAAAGAAAUCCAGCCUGAAGAGGCAAACACCUGGUACGAUUCAAGAAGUCACUGAAGAAGUUGAUAAGGAAGAUGGGGAAGGUCCUCCACCCAUCCCACCUUACUUAGGCAAUUCAACCCCUGAAGCUCCUAAACGUAGUAGUAGAAAGAAAGGAAGGACUCCUGCACAAGAUGAGCUGGAUGGUCCAGGCCAGCCCCUUCCUCCAAUACCCACAGAUGUACCAGACAGCAGACUUACAGAUGAGCAGAGGAGAGCUCUGAAAGUUGUAGAGAGACUCGGGUUUGAGGGAGUGUCAGAAAAACUUGCGCUUAGUGAUCUUUCGGAGGAUGAGGAUAGUUAUAUGUCACCUGCUGUCCCCAAGAAUACUAUGGAUUUUAAUGGAAGGACGACAUUCGAAAGGGAACAGUUCAAUGAUACCUUGACAGAGAGCACUAUACCCCGUUCUGAGGCAAGGAUUGAGGAAGCAAGUCUGGAUCUUAGUCACACAUUUUCAGGUCUUAAUAAUGUAGAACACCAGGAACAGCUGCAGUCACCAAAUGAAGAGGUACGGAGUGGAAAAGUUGGUGGUCAGUCAGGAUUUAAGGCACAGGCAAGAAAGGCUAACAAGGUGUCAUCCUUUGUUCAGCUACUGAAUGAACAAGAAAAGCAUAGACAAGUGGAGUCAACUGCUCAUCUCCCAGUGAAGGCAAGAAGAGAUGCAAGUCCUUCUCAGCCAAGAAGCAAAGUGGACCAAGGCCAUCUUGAUCCAGUUUUAAUGAGAAGAUUAGAAGAGGCCAGACAAGCAAGUGAAACCUCUUUUGCCGAAAGACAGAGGCAGUUGGAGGCACUGAUAGAGCAGCAGCGUGCUCUGUAUCAAGAACAGUUAGAACAGCAAAGGAUUCAGCAGCAGCAACAGCAGGAGGUCAUAAGACAACAAUGGAAGCUACAAGAACAGCUCAAGGCUUUGGAAAAAAUGCAGCAGGAAUUUAAUGAGGUAAAUUACCUGAAGUAAAGAGUAAUUAAUGUACUAGUAAAGAAUUUUCUUUCAGUGGUCAAUCUUCAAUCAAUCUUUCUUUGAACAAAGACCCUGGGUGACUAAUGAACUACAUGUACAUGCAUGUAUAGUAGAUUAAAACAUGAGCAGUAUAUGCUGAUACAAGAUCUAUGCUUCUCAUCCUAGAUGCUCAAAGUUUAAAUAAUGGUUAUCAACCUCUUUCUAGCAGAUGACACAAUCUGGCCUUUGUUGUUCAAAGGCUGGGUAGUGCUAUCCUUUGGACAAAUCUCUAUCCAGUGGAUAGUACAACUAGUUUUCCUAACCCUUAUCCCCUGGAUAGUGAUUUAUGCGGUGGAUAGCGCUAUCCAACGUUUGAACAACUGGGGCCUGGUUCCCGAAUAGUGAUUUAUUCAUUGGAUUCAUAGUGCCAUCUGCUUUUUUAUUUCUUUGAACAGCUAAGAAGGGCCUGAUAUUAAAAUAAUAGAAACAGAUUUUGCUAGUCCUUGGGCUGUACUUCAUUGAGGCCCUCUGGGGUGUGGGGUGGGGGGUACAUACAUGUAUGCCCCUAAUCAGAAUUUCAAAUACAGUCAUUUUGCAUUUUGAUGAGUAGGCCUUGUCCCUGUCGGUAUUUAACAGGUAACUUUAUGUUAUUUGUCAUUUCAUCUAGUCUAUGUUGCUGUUUCAAGUCCAAGUUCUUUGUUGGAAUUUUACCUUAACAGGGCGUCUUUAUUCUGUCACAUUUCUCCCAUACAUCACUCAAUCUCUGUCAAUGGAUUGCAUUAUUAAGCAGCUGAUAAUCAAGUUUCUGUAAAAAAGAGUCUGUAGAUCAUGGCUGCCACUGUAGUGCAUUCCUUUAUUAACCUUAUUCCAGCUUUCUUUCUUCCUGUACUUCACACUUUCAGUACUCUGUAAAUGUGUUAAAAAAAUGUUUUUAAAUUCUGUUGUAAGUCUGCUGAUUUGUCACCAAGAGGACCAGCUGUCAGUGAGUCAGACUUAAAACUUCAGAGGGAGCUUGUUCGACAACAGCAGGAAUUUCUCCAGCGGCAGCAAGAACAAUUACAACAAUCUCAGAGUCAGCAAGCGCAAGCACUUAAACAGCAAGAAAGGCUAUGUGAUCAGAUCAAACAUUUAGGUAACAUGCUCUGUUACUUUCAUUUCCCUGGACUGUAGAAUGGGUUUAACAACGGUUGAAAGCGUUUAUCAUUGACCGAUCAAAUGAAUCCUUCCUUCUUUUUUCCUUAGUCGAUGCCUUGAAUGUCAUAUCGUGCAAUUAAAUUUCCGAUUAUUUUUCAUUUAAAAGUUACUUACAGGGUGCUCAUUAGGUGUCAGAGAUCGGGGUAUAAUUUCUCCUUUUAUUACGCAGAAUUCUCUUUCUAACGUUCGGUAGCCUAUGACUAUUUUUUAUUCAGACGUGGAGCGUCUUUCAAAAUAAUUAUUCUCCUGUGAUGUUACACCUCUCUUCUGCUACUGGAACUUUUAAUGAAAACCCUGAGUAUAACCUGCUAAAACACCCUUGAUUUCAGUUUCAAGCUCUUAAAUGUAUAACUCAAAAACGAGUUCAGUGACCCCUUUUUUGUGUUGAUUUUUGUAUAAAUUUUAAUCAGCAUGUCAAGAUUAUUAAUUUUAAUUCUUUGCAGUUCUGAUUCGACCUCAAAAGCUUUGCUUAUGGUGUGCUCAGAGGCACUGUAAAUAUUUGAAAUUAAAAAAAAGUGAAUCAGUAUGUGCAGUCAGAAUCAUGUAUGAGAUAUUUCCUUUGUUGUAUGUAUUGAUUUAUUACAGUGUACAAUAAGUAACCUUUCUAUCAAAUUCUCUUCACUCAUUCAUUCUCAGAGGAACAACAGAGGGAGUUACAGUCAAGUGUCAGCCUUCUGAACCCAGCAGGGGAGGAUCUGGCUGAGAUAAAACAGCAGGAGCAGCAGAUUGUUAGUCUCCUGAAUGAACAGAGACGUCAGGAUAAUGAACUUCAGAGGCUGCAAAUGCUUCAACAGCAAAGGCUUGAGGAGCAGAGUAACAGCUUUACACAUGAAAGAAAGGUUUGUUCCUGUUGAAUAAAAUGUAUGUUCACCUUCAGGGUACAAAAAAGGCAGUUUUACAGCCUGCCAUUCGGGCAAGCUGUAGCUAGCAUGUACUACCCCACAAGUCAUUUCAACUGGCCCCAAUACCCUUUUUGUUUAGCAGGAUUGAUUACAAUCCUUCUGUAAUUUGAAUUUCCCCCAAAAACAGCACUGCCUGUGAGGCAAGUUAAGAACAAAAAUCACUAGCCUAAUAGCAAAAUCCAUUAGCCCCCGGCUAUCGGACACGACUUUCUUUGCACGCUUACCUUUUCGCUCCCUUUGAGCCUGCCCUGCGAAAUAACCCUUAUGCCGCAGUUGUUCAAAGGGUGGAUAACGCUAUCCACUGAAUAAAUUCCUAGCCAAUAAAUAAUAUAUAACACUUAUCCGCUAAGUAGAUAUUUAUUUAGUGGAUAGCACUAUCCAACAUUUGAACAAUCGGGGUCAUAAGUAUAGUGACAAACUCAAAAGUAAAUGUAAGCUAACCAUUUCAAUUUCCUACUCAAUAAGCUUCUCUUCUUAAAAGGCGACUACGACCUCAUUUUGAGUUAUAGAAUGUACACUCUACCCCUACAUGAAUGUUCCCUUACGUAUAUAAGUGCCUUGGUACGUUACGAGGUAGGCGCAAAGACGGGCAUACCUCAUCGAUAGAGUUCAGACCCCUUACGUCCCGGACACCUGAUGGAUGUCUUAAUCAGUAACUGGUCAUUUCGCCCCGAUUUUUAUACCUAGCCCCCUAUUUUUGAGUCAUUUAGCGCGCUUCAAUUGUAAUAUUCCUCGUUCUAUAAGCCAUAAAGCAAAACAAGCGCGCUUCAAAUGACUUGUAAUUUCCCCGUUUUUUAAGCCGUAAACCAAAACAAGCGCGCUUCAAAUAUAAUAUUCCUCGUUCUAGAAUAGGGGAGUAGGUAACCGGAGCGAAGUGACUUGGAGGCGAGAUGACCGGUAAUCCCCUAAUCACUGCGGUGUAGAAAAACGCACGGUGGGCCGUUCAGUUAGCACUUGUGUACUUAGAUACUUUGGUAUUGUCAGUUAUUAAUAAAGAAACAGAAGACAUACCUCUCUUUAGAUCAGCUGCUGGUUAGCGGUCAUUUGUAUUUCAAGCCUCUGGGGUCACACGGGGUAAUGAUCUUCCAGAAUCUCAAGGAGGUAUAGACAACUUCACGCGAUGUAUAAAGGUUGAAGAGAAGAAGCUGUUUCUCGAUGCGUUGUUUUUUCUAAAUUUUUAACAAAGUUCAUAUUAGUAUUGGCUAUUAUGCUUUUUCAAUUUACACCUGUCAAGUUGGCUGAAAAGCCAUUUUGAUGGAGACAACCGAUAAACUGUUACUACUAUAAGUUUGCUUUUGUCAGUUAUUGGUUUUCUUUUUGUUUAUUAGGCGUUGGAGCAAAACCAAGAAAUGCUUCAGGCUAGGAUUAAGGAACAAGAGGCGAGGAGCAGACAGCUGGAGCAAGAACUUGAAGAGAUGACGAGAAAACACGCGGAAGCUGAGGCACAAUGGCGGAAAAAGUUAAGUUCUGUGACUGGAGAAACUGCAGGUGCGGGCAGCAAAGAGAGGUUAGAUGAAAGAGAACAGAAGAGUGGAGUUAAGCCUCCGAGAUACGAUGGACAAAGAUUGAAUAGGAUAGACGAUCGAGGAAAUUUAAGAACUUCGAGUUAUGAUGAGGAGAGGUUGGACAAGAGAGACAAGAGAGAAAGAAGACAGCAGCGGAAAAUAUCUGAUGAAUAUUCGAAUGGGAAUGAUGACGAAUUAAUGUACGGACAGAAAAACAGAGGCGCGGGCGCGUAUCAUGAUGAAGUUGAAGGAGAACGCAAGCGAAGUAGACAACAUGUGUCGUAUACUGAUGUUGAUCCAGGGGAGAGCUAUAUAAGUAAAACAGAGAGCUCAUUGCGAGAUGAAAGAAGGAGUAGACAAUUGAAUCCUAAUAAUACCGAUUUGAACUCCAGAGAUGGAACUUCACAAAGUCCCUUGAGGGAUAGAAAAAGGCAUGAGAAAUCUCACAAAAAGUCUCGAAAAACUCGUGAAAGAACUGUUGACUCUGAAACGGUUAUAACCAAAACGAACGCAGCAGUGACCGAAGCCGUACAAGUUGUCAGGGAUGAUGAGGUUUUUCGACUUUCUAGAGGACGAAUUGAAUUACUGGAAUCAGAGAAAUCGGCUUUAAUGGAACUAAACACUUCAUUGCAAGAGGAAAACAAGGCGCUAAAGCAGUUGUCGUUGUCUCUUCAGAAAGGAACUGGUGAGUUGAUUAACUAGUCAGGGUUUAGUUUUCUUAAUGCCGCCUAGCUGAUGUUGCCGAUGAAACUUCCACAGACGGGUGAAUAAUUUCAGUUUCUUGUGCAUAAGCUCCAUAAAAUAAUGUCUUGUCAGAAAGAAAAGUUUAAUUUUAUCGACGGAGUGGAUGAAAAAGGUGAGCCGGCUAGAGACUGUCGACGUGGCUGUUCACAUACACUACAAGAAGUUCCUUUUUUUUUUUCUUUAGGGACAGUGGAGAGCGAAAUACGCGCGCGUGGGAAUGGCUACCCGAUGCGGGGAAGGUAACACGCAGAAGGAAGAGAGAAUUGUCGAUUUUCACGCGCACUCGCGUAUUUCCCUCUCUCUACCAUCCCUGCAGAGAAUAACGUACCAUGCCUAGCCCUCAAUUCUUUCUUGUAUUUUUAUUUGUGAACGCACGAACUGACGCGAGUGUCAAAGCGGAGUGUGAGGGGGUGGGAGCAUUAAAAGUCUGGCUCAGCCUGAUUGUCUUUAUUGAGGUCUCGCUAUCGUUGAAAUAACACUUUUCGUUUUGUAUGCAGAAGUAAGUAAUUUUACAACUAACAUGGAAUUAGACUUUUUGGGGAAAAAAAUUGUCGCUAACACACAUAUAGACCCCUCAUCGCCAACCGUCUCCAUACUCUCUUCAAGGAUUCCAAUCCAUAAAGACACUUUGAACACGGCUAACAAAUUAUACUGUAUACCUUGUUUAAGGCAUAAUUAAGACCCUGAAAACAGACUUUGUUUAGGGGCAUAUACUCAUGUAGGUCAAAUAAGGGAGUGUGACCCCCCCCCCCCAUUCAGUAAUUCACACGGAACCCGCGGCUCAAGAGGCCAAUAACUUCAUCGAACCUCCCCUUCUCGACGCCUGAAUCACUCUUACCAGACGAGUACCAUUACAUUUAUGUCGUUACAGUCAAACCAGGUCAAGCGUUCCCGUCGCUAACGAACUAAUGAAUUCAUUCAUGGAAAAAUGAUUUCGUUUGUUGAUUCAAUAAUCCAUUCAUAAACUGAACAAUCCAAUAUUCAUAUUUAGCGUCGAUUCCAUAAUCGAAUGUUGAUUCGAUUAGUGUUUUUUUGCUUUUCCACAAGUUGACCUCAAAUUUUGUUUUUUCCUUUUUUUUUUCUGAGAGUCGAGUGCUGGCGGCGAGUUCUGAAGUUCAAACCCAAACAAACUGUUACCUGUACGCCAGUUUGCUGUCAGUAAUCAGUGCAACAGACCUGGCCUGACCUCUUAAAAAACGACGGUCAAACUGAGGUCAUUUUUUGGUGGAUUUCGAUCCUCGGCCUUUGUCAGUUUCUUUGCGUUUGCGGUCUGUCUAUUCUAGCUGUUAUUUUGAUUAAAGUGCAAUGAGAAACGCAAUCGUAAACGGCAGGAAAGGGGAAGCAAAUACGGUUGAACACAACAGACAAGAAUAAAGAACAGGUAGAUUUUGUUCAUAAACCAAGUCAACCUUUAAUUAUUGAAUCGAGGUACAAUUUAACUGUUGGAUUAUUCAUUUUAUGAAUGGAUUAUAGAAUCAACAAACGAAAUCAUUUUUCCAUUAAUGAAUUCAUUAGUUUGUUAGCGACGGGAACGCUUGACCUGGUUUAACUGUAACAGUCCUCAUUUGGAAUUGAAUCAUGCUCCUGGACUCCAACUUAGCGGCUUAAUUGCUAGUUUACUGUAUUGUAGUUUCUUUAGCUCAAGUUGAAAUGGUGAUCGAAAAAUCUGCAUUUUGUCUCUCUUACUUAGGUGUAUCAUCAGUAGUGUUACAAAAACAAAUCAAAGAUUUGCAUCAAGAGCAAAAGGUUCUGCGAGACACAGGUUGGGUCUUUUUUUGUUAAUUCUUUCACUGCCGUCUAGAAUUAAAACUCUCUAGAUUAACGUCAGGCUUUGCAUUAGACUGGCGUAAUUAACAUUCAGAAGAAGUAUGUUGGUACACGUAACGUCUAUAAACAGGCUAUCAUCAGUUGUUUGUUUAUUGCUUUGCAGUUCAUCGACUUAAUGUGGAACUGAGCAGAUAUCAAGCGAAAUAUCGGCCUGUUUCAUACGAGGUAAAAGUCAAAUCUUAUAGAACCGUUCCGGGUUAAGACCCAGGGUUAGUGCGAAAUUUGAAUACAGAUAUAAACGCUUGCAAAGCAAACUCAGUUCAGUUCCCUUUGGUCUGCAAUUUGGUGAUUGGAUGAUCUAAAAAGAAUGGGGAAAAAUGUCCGAUAAAAUGCUUUUGAACAAAAGAAAAAGAAACCCGGGUUAAAAUUUAACCCGGGGUUAACGCUAAUCAACCUUCGUACACCUGGGCCAUGGACUACUUAUAUUGUCAUAUUCCGUGAAUGAGGAGAUUUACACUUGAAUUUUGUAACGUAUUUUGACGUAUCGAAUUGUCAAAGCUUAUACCGUAAAUCCUCUAUUGAGCUCCCCCCUCUCUAAUAAGCCCCUUUUCAGGGGAAGAGAGUUAAUAGCCCCCAUCUAUUAAGCCCCCACCCUCCCCUUUCCUAAUUAUUGUUUUCUAAUAAAUGGUAGACUGUAUUAAUCAAUCACGACUGUUAAACGUGGUGUGGACUGAUCUGGGAUGGUUUAUUCACCAACUGGAAGUUUGGAUUUGUUUUUGAUCCUCGGCUGUAUGACCUCCAACUUCUUGUACUUAAGCUUUUCCACUUUGUAUUCUAGUUCUUUAUGGAGAACUGAUACCAUCGUCUUUUCUAAAUUAAGUCAGCCCCCUCUCAAAUAUGCCCCUUAUCUAUUCAGCCUCCCCCUUCCACCUCUCAAAUGGGCUUGAAAUAAAUAAGUCCCCUUAAUAGAGGAUUUACGGUAAGCAACAUUGAGGAAGGGGUAUCGGGCAUUACUGGAGGUGAAGAAGCUAAAUAGAGGGCACGGAGCUCAUUUAAUUUAGCAAAAUACAGUAGCAGAGAAAGCAAACGUGGCAGGUGGAAGGAGGUGCACUUACCGUAUUUUCGAUUAACCGCCCUGGGCGCUUAUUAAAUUUUUGGACCUUGAGAGUGGGUGCUUAUUCGAGGUGAGCGAGGCUGGGCGCGUAUUAAAUUUUCAUCAUUUUCAGCAAGUGAAGUAUGUUUAUUUUGCAACAAAACAAUAAAUGCUAAUAACAAAACGCGAAGAAGUAACAAAGCAAGGUUUCUGUAAAAUACUCUGAAGGAAACUCCGUCCUCGCGGAGGUCUCUUAUUUGAAUUUAUUCACUCAAGUGGGUCGGGUGGGGGUGAGUGCUUAUUUGAGUUUGAUUGGGAGAAAGGGGUGGGCGCUUGUUCGAGGCUGGGCGCUUAUUUACUUUUUCUGCCUUUAGGAUGGGCGCUUAUUCGAGGUGGGCGCUAAUUCAAGGUUAGGCGCUUAUUCGAAUAAAUACGGUAUAAUACGGAACUCCAUAAGUUCUUUCUGUAAAAGGGCGCGGGGCGCUUUUAUAGAGGAUUUACGGUAAAAUAAUUUGCUUUCCUUUUGCAGGAGGUAGAAGGUAUGGCAUUGCCUUUCAAGAAGGAGGCUGCCCCAUGGCUGGUGGGUAUCCAGCUCAACUCUUUAGAUUUGACGCGGCAUUGUUUUGGUCCCAAUACACGAUGAUAUGAAUAAAAAUAUAGUAAAACUUUGCGAUCAAUUUAGGUUCCUGGGAAACUAACAACCUACCCCUCCCCUAAGGUAACAUUAACACUUGAUUCUCACUUAAGGCAAAAUGAUGGCUUAGGGAGGGGUAGGUGGUCAGUUUCCCAGAGACCUAAAUUAAUGCAAACUUUUAAUAAAUGGUAGUUUUAGUGAAACUUCUAGAUAGUUGUAUAAAAGAGUUGCUGACCCUUUCAACAAGGUAUCAUUUACUAUGAGAAUACUGAUCAUGUAUGUGUUGUAGUUAAUUUUUUAUCUCAGGUAAUUUUUAUUUUUCCUUCGUUUCAACUUUGUUAGCAUAUACAAGAGGGGAUAAAGCUCUCUUGGCGUACAUUAACUUAUCCAAAAACAAAAAAAAAACAAAAAUUACGUAAGAUAAAAAAUUAAUAGACUGCUUGCAGUCCGCCUUUUCUCUUAAAAUCCGUCUAGUUCUCAGCUAGCGGGAUUGCAAACCAAUAAGAGACUGCUCGCAGUCUAAAAAAUUAACUACAACGUAUCCAAUCCCAUACCAUUGGCAGGUUGAAAGAGGUUUAUGAAGCCGUGUCUUUGUAUCUUGUAUUACUAUUUCUUUCCUUGCCAGAAGGCUUAUAAAGAAGGCUUGUGUCAAUAUUCUGGGUAUUUGAACUUAAAAUUAUUACACUUUCAGGUCAACACGAAGUUUUUGGCGCCUCUUUUCUUGGCGUAUGAUGAUCGACUGAAGGAAAAAGAGCAGCUGAUCAGAACUUACGAUGUAAGUUUCGUGGCAAUAAAAUUCUUUAUACAGUUACUUCAUUUUUUUCCUUGGGGUUGUACCGGUUUACAUCUUUGGGCUGAGGAGAUAAUUCUAGAGUGCAGUCGAUUGUAGGUUUUUUGUAGUACUAAAAAAUAUAUUACCCUUCAAAAUUGACGUCUGCGCGCGCCUUUUCGUCGGAGAUUUAGCUGUGUACUAAUUUCCCGUCCGUAUUUUACCUAGCCUUGUCACUGUUUAACCUGUCGUUUUUUUUUUAUUUCUAACGCGUGCAUUGCACAUCACGAAUUGCAUCUCAUUAUGAUCCGGACUAAGCGCAAUCUUCCGUCCUUUCAUCUUUAAGGGGGUCUUUUAAAGAGACCCCUCAUGGGGCAAAAAACAGAAAACAGAAACAUUCGGAACUUAAACAAUAUCUCAAGUUUUAAAAGGAAAGUCGCCGUCCACUUUCUUGCAAACUCUUCUUAGAUUGGACCAAAUUUUUAUGACUGUAUACAAACUCGUGUAAAUAUUUCUUGUUGUAACAGAUGUAAAUAUUUUUGCCCCAUUGUAAUUUUAUUAUUGUAUAUUUGUUAUUAUUGUAUAUUACGACAGAAUAGCCCCGUAUAGAGGAGUCGUAAUAAAGUGUAUGUAUGUAUGUAUGUAUGUAUGUAUGUAUGUUGAUGAUCAAUUUGAAUUUCGUCAUUUCAUUUUAUCUAUGUAUGUAUGUAUGUAUGCACUUCUUCAUGCCUUUUUGUAUGCAAUCUUCUCUUGCCCAAAAGAAAACGAGUGCGACUUGAAUUCACGUGGGGGAAGAACGCCUGUCGAAGCCCUUAGAAGUUCUGCGUGCGAGGCCAGGCCGUUUCUGUAGACUUUUUUCAUUUGCGACUGGGCUAAUAUUGACGAGAGUUUUCCCUUUGCCGUACAGUAGCUCAUUUUCCAUUUCUCAUUUUUUGAAGGAAGAGUUAAACGCGUUUAAAACUCGAGUCAUGGAAGUCGUGAAGGAAAAUCAGCAACUUCACAUGGUAGGUGGUUUGACUUGUUGCAGCAACAAAUUCGAUUUGAGUUUCAUUUGAAUUCGUAUUUAUAAAAAGUUUUCUUUGUUGUCGUUUACAGAGUGUUAGCAAAUCUAGUCCUGAUGCCCUUCGCCCUGACGAAUGGUAUGUUUAAAUGUUUAAUACUGUGUCUAAAGCAAGCUUAACUGAACCAAUUGCUUAAACCGAAAAGCGGACACCUCUUUAAUAUUAUUAUUCACACAGUCGAACCUUUCCUUACGGAAACCUUUCUUUUACUGACAGAUGUCACCUCAAGGCACCUAGCUUCACUUGUCUUACAGACGGUUCACAGACGUAAAACUUCACAAGUUCGAACCUUCCCCGUAAUAGGCCAUUUUUAUAUUAUGGACACAACCUUAUUAUAGUCGGUUCAUAUGGUCCCAAAAACGUAACGUUUACAGGGUCUAACCUACCCGUAAGGACACGCCUAUAAUAUGGACCUCUUCCCGCCCCCAGGAACGUGCGCCUUUGGGGCAUUUUUGGCCUUACCGGCCAUGAAUGGUCCCUUACCUGCUGAGCCAAACAUUAAGGAGAACACUGUCUCUGCACUACGCACAGUUUACGUGGUCGCAAAGACACCAAACUUCAUACAAUCCCAUUCCAUACCUCACUAACUGAGGGUACCUAUGUAAUGCGGACAUUCACACAUUUUCGACCAAACGGGAAAACACACUGCAACAGCAAAAAAACUGCGAAUGGAGGGGGGUUGAAGGAGAGUCUUGAAAAGAGUUGACGCACCUAGUAGCACUGAUUGAUGGAAGAAACUUCCAGUGGUUGUAUGGUAUAACUUCAGUGCUGUGAGUUGUGACAGCAGUUUUGAACUAUUUGUUUUUCUCGUAUACAGGCAACAACUCCAGGAGCAGGCAAAACUCUUAGUUGAGGAGAAUGCUUUGUUGAUGGAACAGCAAGAGAUACAAGAUAAAAAAAUGAAGGAAAUGCAGCGAAUUCAUGGAGAGGAAGGUUGGUUUAAUGAUUGCCAUCAACCAGCGUUUUGUCGAACUCCGAUUCUGACUGUCUGUAAUACUAACAGGCCAAUGGGAGGCGCUGUCUGCGGAGCGAGUUUGCUGUUGUUGUUGAUACAGAUUACCAUUGCAAUUGUAAUUGUAAUUGUAAUUUGGUGACCCACGGAGCACUAAGGAGUUCAUAAGAACUCGUUGAAACGUGUGCGUGCGUUCCAGAUCGAAUUGGAAUUUGAAAGUGUUGGUUUGCAAUGAGAGGGGAGUACCCGGAGAAAAACGAUCGGAGCAAGGGAGAGAACCAAAACCAAACUCAACCCACAUAUGGCUUCGACGCUGGGAUUUGAACCCGGGCCACAUUGGUGGGAGGCGAGUGCUCUCAUCACUGCGCCAGCCUUGCUCGUUACAACCAUGAUGGUUAUAACGAUGAAGGUGGUGAUGUGUUCUUAAGAUGAUUAAUAUAACAGUAAUGAUAGAGACGAGAAGGAGUUCGGCAAAGGAAUUCGGGCAGAAAAAGGGAUCGAGGUUAUCUGAGAUUAGUGAAAGGGCAGGCGUGUCUUCUUGAUUGCAUAGCCUAGAAAAAGCAUCUCUUUUGCCCUGAAAAUAAUCUCACAGUAGAAAGCAAUGAGACGAAGGGACAAGAUACAUUCCUAGCAGGCUACACUCCGCUCACUCUUAUGAUUGAUUGGAGGGAACGAAUUGCCGAAGGUAAUACAUUCCAGAGAUAAGGUGCUGCUGACUGGAAUGCACGAUCGCCAAGAGUUGGAUGGGUCUUAAUGCCAGGUAACUCGAGGAAUAUAGAGUAGGGAAAGCUUUCUCAUAAGCAAGACUCUGUGUUCACAUUUUAGUGUUUGCUGAGAAGUGGUACUCUUGGGCUCUAGUAAUUCUGAUGUUUUCCCUUUUCAUUACAUUCACGUUAGUAUCCAAGUUAUCGAAGCGGAUUUCAAGUCAAGAGUCAACCCGACGUCGCCUGGAGACGGAAGUAGAUGACUUGCGCCGUACCCAUAGCAACCUAUUACGACAGCAUGAGGCUAUUGUUUCUGAACAAGAAUACAAGAUUUCGGUUCAGGAACACCUGAAAAUAAUGGAUGACUGUCGUAGGUAAGCAACCCGAUAGACACUAAGCCCCGCUAGCUGUUCAAAAGGUGGAUAUCACUAUCCACCGGAUAAGUGACUAUCCAUUGGAUAACGCAAUUGGUUUCCCUAACACCUAUCCACUGGUAAUGAUUUAUCUGGCUGCAGUUGUUCAAAAGGCGGAUAGCGCUAUCCCUGGAUAAAGUCGCAUUCUUAUCCACUGGAUAGCGAUUUAUCCGGUUGAUAGCGCCAUUAUCCAACUUUUCAACACCCAGGGCCUCAUGGAUAACGCUAUCCACCGGAUGAGAGACUGAGAUGGUUUCCCUAACGCAUAGUGAUUUAUCCGGUGGAUAACGCUAUCCAACAUUUGAACAACUGCGACCAGGUCAUUGUCUCACAGAAAGAGUUGGGGUGGCUAAAAUUGUAACGUGUGAAUGCCUCCUAGAUCUUGUGAUUCAGCUCGCAGUCGUGUCUGUUCUAAGGAGUGCCGUACGCGUGGAGCGGGUCGCUAAUCGUUGAUUUUAGUCGUGCUAUUUUAAUUUCAGCGCGGUUUCUGUGCAGUUUUAGUGCAGCAUUUGCACCUACAAUGCUAAUCAAGAGCUCGAACGCAACAAACACAUUCAAAUUUCGUUUGUAAAGUAGCUUCAAACAGCCUCAUCUAUUUAACCUUAGAUCAGGCUGAAUUUUAGCAGCUCUCGUACAUUUAGCCUGAGAAACAGCCAACAUUUCACUGCACCAUCUCUAGUUUCCUCGCGAAAUGCCAAGGAGGGGGGGGGUCGCGAAUGUCGGCUGUUUUCUGAGGCGAUCAUACAUUCUCCCUUACGUCAAACGAGCUGAAAAUAGAGUCUGAUGUCAGGUAUUAUCUAUUCAAAUUUAUCUGUUUUAGUGGCACUUUCUCAAACUGAUGUGUGUAAAAACCCUUGUCGAUCCUGAACGACGUGUACAUGUACGAAUACAGUAUUUAGUAAACACUACUUUCUAUUUUGUUUUAGUGUUCUUGAGGAUUUGAAAGCUAAAACAAAGUUGGAAUCAGAGGAAUACAAUUCUCGUCUGCAGGUUUGCAACUUGUUUUUACUGUUUAUUAGUUAUUUCUGAUAUGAGUUCCAAUUCCCCAAAAGACACACCACAUGGAGUGCUUAGUCCUUAACCUGCCAGUGGGCUGAGAAAUUGGUGCGCCCGGCAUUUUUUAAGCCAAUCAUGAAGAGCAGGUUCGAAACAUUUACAAACUUGUUGUCGUGUUAAUAAUCCUUUUUUCUGAUUUUGUUUUGUCAUUUUCAGGCGAUACAAAAAGAAAAGAGCAAUGUAGCGAUCAAACUUGCAGGUAACUCCUCCUUUAUUUUGUGCCAUUCUUACAUUGUUGUAAGUUGCUUUUUAGCACCCAAAGUAAUUCGAAUUUGAAUUGUGCCUUGCAGACGCAGAGGCGAGAAAUGCCCAGCUAGAAAGAGAACUUGAAGCUUAUAAAAAGUCAUUAAAGUAAGUGACACUUUUUCGUUCAUCUGUUGCUGUUAGCAUACAUACAGCACUUUCCAGUAAAGCCGCGUAAUAUCCAAUUUCAAAUAAUGAGCCCAUUUAAAAUUGUUAUCAUUUUGAUAAGUUUCAAAAGACCCUUCCACGGUGUUUUUUUUUUUUCAACUUUUAACAUGGACAGUUAGGGAAAAUUCGUUAACUCUGCAAGAAAGAGCUAAUAAAAGUGCUAAGUUUAAAAGUGAUUUGUUGAAAACUAACGAAGAUAUAGCUCCUCAGAGUCGCGAAAUUUUACAGACGUCUGUAUGGUGGGGGCACAAACUUGCCCCCCCCCCUCCCACAAUACAGACGUCUGAAAAUUUUCGCAGCUUUGCAAUUUUGGCAAGUUUACUAAUUUUAAGGCGCUCUUUCCACUGGUGUCGAGGGAUUCUCCCUAACCGGUCGAUGCCAAAAGUUAGAAAACAAAAAACAAGGAAGAAACUAUUCUUUUCUUGUCUUACUUGUCUUGCCGUACCAUUGCGUUUCUUUCUUUCCAGCUCUUGAGGCGUUUGUACCACUUGACUGAUUGGCUGUAAACGGCUCAUCACUCUGGCCAAUCACAAUAGGCACAGACAAUCGAAUGAACCAAUCAGAACUUGAUGUAAAUACAGCCUGCUGCCAGGGCGGGAAAAUGCGCGCGAGCAGGGUGGGGUGGGGAAAUAAAAAAAGUGAAAAGGAUAAAAGCUGUUGAGAAGUGAGAUUUUUAUUGAGUUACGAAAUUUGGUUCAUGGACGUCUUCUCCUGUAAGCAGAAUUCUUACAGAAGAAUAAAAGUCUUUAAAGUCUACAGUCUUUAAGCAAUUCUGGCGAAUUGCUUUAAAGACUGUAGUGUGUUUAAAGUGUAGAAACUCACUUGACUAAUCAUUUCUUCCUUUUUUUACAGCAAAUCUGAACGCAAGUUUAUGUUUCUUCAACGCAAAUUGGAGCACAUACAAGAAAGGGAGUUGACGGCCCAAGAAACUCUGUCCCAAGUUCUUACUGUUGUAAGUGUGGUCUGAUUUUCAACCGCGUACGAACUGCCGUUUUCAUGUUUUCAUUCUCUCUUUGAUGUUGUCGCUCCAGUAAUCUCGAGGGCAUAUAUAUUGUAUUUUCUCUUAACAGGCCGAGAAAACUGCCGCUGAGAGAGACAAUUACGUACAAUUUGUGAGUAUAAGCUAAUUUUAAGCAGCUUUUAAUAGCAUUUCGGAUAGCCAGUACCAAACGAUAUACGGUUGCGUGAGGUUGAGAUUUCUCUCUUUCCCUCCUUAUUGUCUUUUACACAAUACUCAAUUGUUUUGUUCCGGCUCCAGUUGUAAAGAGCAAUUAGCGCUUAUUUUAUUUAUUUUUUUUUUAACAUUGUAGUACCGAGUCCAAAUCCUGGACCACGCUCGUAAAUAGCUAUCUGGUUCGCCGCCCAUCAGUUGGGAUUUUCGACUCUAUACAAACUCUGAUUUGGGCCCUUCUACCUUUAUGUUAAUACUGCCAAGUUCAUAUUUAGGCUUAUAUUUAAACGCUACCUUAUUGUACAAAUCUUGUUUUGCUCUUCGCAUGCAGGCCAAGACACAGAAGGUGCAACAAGAGAAAGCUGCCUCUAAAAUUCUCGCUGGCACUCAAAACAUCAAGGGACUGGAAGAAAAACUACAGGUAUGGUGUUCGUGUUCAAACUGUUUGUUCUGCAUUUUGUCUAUUUAUUUAGUGUCCCGAGGCCGCGAUCGGUGGAUACAAAGAAAGCUCUGUUAACUCUUCUGUUCCAGGAUUCUAACCCACGGGGUACUGCCUUAUUUGGCAUGGACGGCUAUGUGCUGCUGAACAGGGUGUGGUUUUCAGGGUAUUGAAUCUUGAACAAUUUCGCUAUUUAGCGUCUUGAACAGGGUGUCGCUUUGAACCGGAAGCCUGUUAAAGAACGUGAUGGUUGGCGAUGAGCGGGGUACGUGAAUGGUACCAACAAUGUUUUUCAAAAAAAAAAUAGAAAAUACUUCAGUGCCGGAGUGUUUUCAAAAAUAGUUAUUCUUUAUGCGAAACGAAAAUAAAUCGGGGUCGCAAAAUGAAAUAUUUUUGUCGGCGCUCCUCUACCAAAGUUUCCCUCGAGUUCCCACCCUCCUCCCGCCCAGGGGGAUUCUAAUGAGGACGUCGGGAGACUAACGUUCUCCUCCUUUUGAAAGUAUGAAGCCAAUUAAUACCAGAGACAUUUUUCGUGUAACUUGUCUCUUAUCACGUUCAGGAAAUCUUGAAGUGAUAACAAAUGUUGUUCGAAAUUUUCUCCGAAGGUUUCCGGAAUGCAAAUCUCAAAGGGAAAAUUGUAGGAACAAAAAUAAUAGAACAAAAAGUUUGAAAAAUAUAAUCGAGGAUUUGGUUUUGUUUCUUUUUACGAAGAGUUCGAAAAAGAAAAUCGAUACAUCCAACUGUCGAAAUCUCAAAUUAGAAACAGGGCCGGAUUCCCUGAUUUCUCUAUUUCAAAGGGCAGGUACAGCGAGUGAAAUUGUCAGGCUUUGUUUGAUCUAGCGGAUGUACUCAAAAAAGUCCUGCAAAGCAAUAUCAUGAAACCGCUUUUCUCUCGUGAGUUAAUAUUCUCAGGAACUAAUCGACGAUUUUUCUUAUUUCAAUUAGGAAUACAGGAAAAAGGCCACUGACAAAGUUGCUCUAGUUACAGGAAGGUAUGUUCUCGAUUCUCGCGGUUUUCUACUUUCCGGGUCUACUUGGAAUCACAGACGCCAGGCUAAUAUUGAAUUCCUUGAAAGGAAAAGUUGAACGCAACUAGUAGCUAACAUAUGAUCAAAAUUCCCUUUCCGUCGCCACUGCGAGUAACGUUUAUACAGAUUUUAAAAUAAACAAAGAACUUGUACCAAAACUGGAGUUUAUUGCUUGAAGUUAGUGGCAUCUACGCCAUCUUGAUUGUUACUCCCCAGAAAGCCCACCGAAGCGCGCGAGAUGUGUUUUAACGCGCGAGUUGCGCGCAAAACUAGCGGUGCCCCAAGGCUUUGCUAGACGCUCGCGUGUGUGCCCGUCGCCUUUGCUCGUUGGCUGUCUGAUUGCUGACUCUCUUUUUUGUUCCACAAGACUGCGAGAGAAAGAAAAGGAGAUUAAUAAACUCAAAGAACAAUACGAGGCUGAAAUCAAUAAUCUUCGCGGUCUGGUGAGACAAAAACAACGCCAACUGGAACUGAUGAUUGGAGAGAACAGGUGCGUUAUGUCUACAGGUCCACACGACGCCUAAAUAAACCAUUGCUUGUUUCUUGCGGGAUCUCUAAUGUAAAAGUGUUUGAGCCGGGCUUGCGUUCAGUGUUUUUUUUGCCUACUUUCCUUGUAUUUUUUUGUCUCCAACCUGCGGUAGGUACUUGGCUAAUCCCUUUAGGUCGUUUUCCCAGCCCCUUUGGUCGCGCGGAAUAAUGAUGCCCAGGGACUAGGCAAGGGUAGGUGCUACAAAGGGAUAAGAACAGGUGAAUCAGACGCGCGCGUGUGUAUUUUCUGCACGAUUACAAAUGCCCUCUUCUUCCUUUCCUGCCGCUUGCCACGCGCGCCCUGUCUUGUUAAACAAGAAAAACGUCUAUUGAAAUGAUAGUCCAUGAUAAGGACUCAUUGCCGCUAUUCCCCCAAGGUUGUGAAAUAAAAGAAAGGAGAAAACAAAUUUGAUAAAGCUUGAACCCGCGUCACUUGAUUUCUAACCCACAUCCGUAUUCACUACAUCGUCAAGGGCUUAUCUACCGUCACGUGUUAUUUUUAACGAACUUUACAUGCCAUUGAUCAUUACGUUAUUUGAAAGCUGACCGUUAAAAAAAUACUUAGCCCUCAUCACUGCACUUCGGUGCCAAUCCCUAUACUCAACUCUUUUCCGGUUUGUACAACUGGCUGUCUCUGAUUUUUACACUUUUCUCAAAAUGUGCCCUUAAGGGACGGACCAUUAGAAAACUUAUGGGGGCGGGGGCGGGCGAAGUCCAAAAAAAAAAUUCGCGCAAGGGAAAAUUAAAUGAAAAAAAAUUCUUGCACGCCAAUAAACCCUAAGAAAUAUUCAUGCAAGGGCCUGAAAAAAAUUCAUACAAGGAAUUUGAUAACGAAAAAAAAUUCCUGCAGCUCGAAAAUUCCCCUCUCCCCCCAUAACUUUUCUAAUGGUCCGUCCCUAAAACAGCGCUUUGCACUAACGACGUCACAAAUUCCGGGUCCCUGCUGUGACUCGGACAUUGAAAAGUCAGCGGGAAAGUCACGUUCGCCAACAAAUUUACGUCGUCUUUGAAGAUUCUUAUCGUCAAAAGAAACAAAAUCCAGCUUGUUUUCGAUAAAAUAUACCCCAAAACUAUUAACGUGUGCCAAGACAAGGUUAAGCAUGAAAAAACCUCUACAGAUGAGUGAUUUUAUUAACCCUUUAAGCCCCAAGAGUGAUCAACAUCAAAUUUCUCCUCGUAAUAUCGAUGCUUUGUAAAACAGAGUGGUCAUGAGAAUUACACACAUGAUCGCACAAGAUGAAUUUGCUUGAUAUUUUAUCAACUUCUCCCCACUACUUCUGUAGAAAAUGAAUAGGGGCAACAAAUGAGAAUUCAAAUUUUGAUCUCAGGGUUUAAAGGGUUAAUAACGAUAGUGUCAUAACUGUGAGGAGGGGGGCAUUGGGAUUUUCGGUUUUGCGGUUUUGGCUAUUUUUUAGAUCGGUUUUUCGGUUUUUGUUGCAAAAGACUUCGGUUUUUCGGUUUUGGUGGUCAUUGCGGUUUGCGGAUUUUUCGUUUUUUAGCAUCUGGUUUUCGGUUUUCGUGAAAAAUACUAGCGGUUUUUCGGUUUUGGUACCCGAUGUGGUUUUUGGUUUUCGGAAGGGCAGUGGGGUUCAAUAAUCGACUUCUUUUUUGAGUAUCUAUUUAUUACCACAUUAAACCUUAGAGCAAGUUCCUGCUGCCAUGUAAAACUGAAAAGGAACUAAUUGUACCGGUUAGCUUCCUCAGUGUCGACUCAGCUCAGUGCAAUCGCAUGUUAGACAAUCGAGUCUCCAAACUUUCAGGUGUUAGUUAUCUGCAAAUGGAAAUGUUCGAUUAGAGAUUUUCGAUUGAAGUUUCCAGAGCUAUAGCUUUUUGCGACUGCAAAAUUGCAAUUCUAAAGAGGACUUGUGUGCAAAUUCUCCUAAGUUAACUAGGCUCCAUAACUAGCCGCUUUUCGGAAAUUGAGCCGCAAAGUCUGGGCUCGAGAGAACGGCAGAAACAAAGCCUAUGAUUUAAGCAGACACAAAAAGAUACGAAGGCUUCAGACAAAGUCCAUGACAUUCACAAAUACUUUGGUGAAAUUAGUGUUAGUUUAGUUUGCUCUGUAUGCCCCACUUUUCACCAUUGUAUCGGUUUUUGACGGUUUUGUAUGCGGUUUUCGGUUUUGGCCGAAUUUUUUUGCGCUUUUGCGGUUUUGGAUGAUUUUUUCUUCGGUUUUGCGGUUUCUAAUAUACCCCAAUGCCCCCCUCUGUGAGUAAAUACGGCAUUUUACUAAGAAAUGUAUGGAUAGCAGGACGUCAUAGCUUUCCAUAAAAGGCUCAUUUGGUUCAAUUUAGAGGCAAAUGAUACUCAGUUUCUUCUUUUCAAGUGCGAGGGCAACUCUUGUUACGCUACGACAGGAUAUAUAUAGUACUGUAUAGUAUAGUACCUACCUGACCCGCACGACCAAACAUAACAAACUUAUACAAUUUCCGGUUUGUGCUAAUGUUGGUGUUCUUUUCAUUUUAGAAAUUCUGCUACAUGCUUCCAAGAAGCACAUACAAACUCGAUUUUCUCUUUAGCAAUUUCGGUUUUGGAGUAUUACACAGUCAGAAAUGUUAUGUUAUGUUUCAGUACAGUGCUAUCUAAGACAGAGCUGCGGAUCCGAUUUCAGUAUGGGCUUCAUUGACCAGGUCGCUAUAUUUUCUGAUUUUAUCCGUUUAUUUGAGUUACUUGGACCAGGUUUUACUCCCUAUGGCAGUAAUGCCUUUUAUAUAUUAGAAUAAAUCCCAAAAAUCAUUUUAAAAACGCUCAUUGUCAAUUCUAUGAACAAUUUUCAUGCGUUUUGUUGUUCAUACAAAGCCUUUGGGUAUUACGUCAUGUAAUAAACAUGAGUUGUCCAACUUGAGUUUGGGGCAUCCGUUCGAUUUUAUUCACUUCCGUUCGAUUUUAUUUUUGUGUCCACCAGAGCGUGAAAACAAAAGAAACUUACCCCACUAGACUGGGGUCCCCCACUCAUGUAAACAGGCCCUAAGACUUCCCGCUUGGUGCUGAUUUGACACUUCCAUAAAAGUUCGACUGAUAUUGGUAUUGUUUAUUUCUAUCUUCAGGAACGUUGACAAGGAACUAGAAUUAGUUUGGCGAAAUGCUGCCGCCGAUAACAAACGAAUGAAAAACACAGUUCGACAAAAGGGAGCCAUGUUCGACUCCGAUUCUGACCCCAAUGCCCAUUUGUCAUCUGAAGAAGGAGAGGCUACAUAAACGAUGACACCGUACAAAGAAGAUAUAGUUUUUCAAGAAGACGCUCCAAACAGCUUACGUUUCUGGAAUCCCGGGGGGGGGGGGGUACUUUAGGAAUUUCUGGGUAGGGAUGUGCCGCUGGGACCCUGGAACCCUUAACCUAUACCAGAGCUAGUUCAGCUGAAUUUUGCUACCCUAUACUAGAGUAAACUCCCCAAAUCCCCGCUAUCCUAAAGUAGCUGUUUUCCAGAAACUACUGAGGUCACUAGCACAGUAGUCUAGCCAAAACAAAACCUAUACCACAAUCCCUGGUCUAGAUAAAAUCUUCAACCAACUGAUCAGUUGGCUGAAAAAUGAUACCCUAUUCUAGACUCAAACGCUCUGAUUUAUAUACCCUAUCCUAGAGUGAACUGCUUGAAAACCAUACCCUUCACAGCGGCACAUACCUAUAUAGCCCAUAUAUGGCAGUAACCCCCCGGG